CUAAACUAUUCCGGUCGAAGUUCAGUGAACUUCGCACCUGACAAGUUCAGCUAAUUCCAAUGGACAGUGUAUUUUUGAUGUGAAGAAAAUGUCUCGAAAACGUGUCAAAUUCAAGCGGAAAUCAAAACACAGAAAGGAGGACAAAUCUAAAAUUAUUCCUAUGAACGACGCUCAAUCAGCUAAGGAAGGAAUCAAGGCUCAGGACGAGCCUCAUAUACUGGACUCAACGAAGUGCGUGAGCAAGAAAGAAAAGUCCGCCAAACAAGUGCACAUCGCUUUUCUAUCGGAGAAAUACCAACCGCUGGUUGAGGAGGAUGUUGUUGACCAACCACGAGAUGACAAUAUCAAGAAAAAACAACACAAAUGUAAAAGUUUAAGAAAAAAUGUGGGGAAAGCUCUUCGUUACAGUUGGAAGUGUUUAGUGGUUGGACUGCAGAACUUGAGCACAGCCUAUUCUAUGCCACUGGGUGUCGCUGCCACAAUAGUGCCAGACAUCCAAAGAACGAGAUCUCACGUCUAACACAUGACUCGAGAUCAGGCGGUUACACUAUGAGUAGCACACUGAUCAAUGUUGGACCCCUAUUUUUACUGCAGGCACUUCCAUAUCAGUGAUGUCGAACUAUGAUCUAUAAGUGCAAAAGGUGUAUUUUUAUUUAUAUGUCACUGUUAUCAAAAGAGAAUGGCAAGGAAGAGACAUUUUUGAGAUAAUUUGCCUUUGACAAGAAAAUACGAAGUCGGCCUAGAUGCUGUGAUUGACUACGAUUAUUUACACAUAAUUACAUAUAUUUUUCUGAAAAUGCACAACUGAUUAAAAUAUUUAACUCUACAGGCUUAGGCCAAACAUGUUUACCAAAGAGAGAAGUUCUUGAAUUUGAUCUUUGAUAUGGUGGAUAAAGUAAGUAUAGAAUAAUGGUAUUGUGGAUGUUAUGCCAGUGGAGUGGAGUGCUCUCAAUGACAAGAUGUGAACUGAAUAGUGAUGCUGAACAGGUGGAACAAAGUAUGUUAAGUUUGUUAUCAUAAGUUGUAUUGUUUCUCAAGAUUUAAUUAUUAUUCUUCUUUCUGAAAGUUGCAAAUACAUUGUAUAAGCAUAAAUGUGAUUCAACAGCACUUUUUGUACUAUUCUGCACUUUUUUUGUAAUGUGAAGAAAUUUUUUUAAACAGGAUUUAGACUUUGAAUUGAACAAAAAUAUUGUUAUUAAAAUAAUGUGUAUUCACAAUUUUGUACAAAUGAAUUGCAUAAGAAUAAACUAGACUUGAAAUGCUUGCUAA